AGCCUAGUGGGCGGGGGGAACGAUAGUUAGUUCCUCGGGCGCGACUUUGCGUUUGACCCUUACGGCGUCCUGUAGCUGCCCGAGAAGGAACGGGCAAAUUCCCGCCAAUUUGAAUCUCAGACUCUGAGGCAGUUAUGUCCUAUCCCCGGCUCGCCACCUCCCUCCUGUGACUGAGGGUAUUUAAAAAGUCAGCUCUUAAAGGGUUCAUUGCCAAUACCCAUCUGACUAUGUUGGAACCAAAGUGGGUCUAAGCACCCCUGGAUUUAGCCUGUUUAGGUAAAGAAGUUCUUCAAUAUGUGGAAUGAUAUUGAACUUCUGACAAAUGAUGACACAGGAAGUGGACGACUGAACAUAGGUUCGAGACAAGAAUGUGGAACAGCCUUGUACCAAGAGGAUACGCUAGUUAAAAUAACUUCCUCUGAAAAGGUCUUGUUAAAUCCAAAACUAUAUGCAUGCAACUCAAGUGAUGGCUGUAUUAUUGUGGCUGACAGAUCAGUAUCACUUCUUGAUAGCAUUUGCCAGUCUUUUCAGAUGCACAUUCAAUUUGAUACUGAAGUGGAUGUGGUUGGUUUGUGUCAAAAAGGACAGUUUCUUGUGGUCGGUGAGAGAAGUGGUAACCUACAUCUUAUUCAUGUACCAUCAAAGCAAACUUUGCUAACUAAUGUUUUGGUUCAGAAAUCUGAAAAUGAAAAGACUUAUCUAAACCUUAUUAUAGAAAAAGAUAAUGCAGAUGGAGGCAUCUAUCACAUAUUCAUUCUCACAAGCAAUGGAUUCUUUUACAUUAUGUGCCUCCCACUUGCAAAAAUUCAGGAAGCAAUUGACAAGAUGGACAUGAUUACAGCAAAGAAGUUACAAGGAAUGAUCAAGACUGCUUAUAUUUCUACAAAGGAUUAUCAUACCCUUGGUUGUCUGAAUUUUGUGAUUGGUUACUCGAUGAACAACAUCCUGCUGAUAAUUGGGGGUAAAGGUGACUGUGUGCUCUCCAAAUGGGAGGUGGAUCCUAGUAAAAACCUGGUGUCUGUUCAAAGUUUUGCUGAUUCAAGUAUGAUUAAAGAUGCAGUGCAAUUUCAAGUCAUAGACAACUUGUUGUUUGUCCUGGAUAAGGAAAACAUUUUGAGCAUGUGGGAUGUUUAUUCUCUUACUUUGAUUUGGGAUUGGCCUUUAGUUCAUAUUGAAGAAUUUCUUCUAACUACAGAAUCAGAUUCUUCUUCAGUCAUAAGGCAAGGGAUUGCCAGUCUUAAACUAAUAAUCUUGACAGUACCUGUUAACAAACAGAUGAGAAACCUCAUGGUUUUUUCGCUGCCUGCAAUGCACCUGCUCUAUUCUUUGGAAGUAUCUGAUGUUUCUUCACUGGUUCAAAGUGGAAUUAGCACAGAUACAAUAUACUUUUUGGAAGGAAUUAAUGAAAAUCACCAAAAGUCCCCUGAAGGCCCGGUGUCUGUUUUAGUACUGAGAAGUUUAACAGAAGCCUUGCCGGAAAACAGAUUAAGUCGCUUACUUCACAAGCACAAGUUUACUGAAGCUGAGAAUUUUGCUGUUCAGUUCGGACUGGAUGUUGAGCUUGUUUACAAAGUAAAAGCAAGUGCCAUUUUAGAGAAAUUGGCUUCAUCUUCCAUUGGGAGUUAUGGUCAAACAGUUUGGUUAGAUCUUGUGGAUGAAGCUAAAGAAAAUCUGCAUAAAAUACAGGAUAACCAUUUUGUCGUGAAUUACUGCAUAAAUACUCCAUGGCUGACGUAUGAAACAACUCAGGAAAUGUUAAACUAUGCUAAAAUCAGAAUCUUGAAGAGAGAUGAUAAAAUGAUUGCUUCCUUAUCUGAUGGGGUUCAAGUGUCCAUAACAGAAGUACUGAGAGCUCAAGCAAGGCUAACUACUUUCUAUGGAGCCUUUGGACCAGAGAAAUUCAGUGGAAUUGCUUGGACUGAAUUCUUGAAUAAUGAAGAUAUUUUCAAGAACAUCCUUUUUCAGCUAGAAGAAGGCAAUCUUCCUUGUGCGCAAUACCUCUGGCUUAGGCAUCAGGCAGAUUUUGAAAGCAGCUUUGAUGUGAAAAUGCUGGAGGACCUGCUUAACACAAUCUGUGCCACCAUUCCUAUAAAAGAACUGUGUCUGUGGUUUAAAAAUGUUGUGAUUCCUUUUGUAAGGAGGGUUGUGCCAAAAGGACAGAAUAUAUUAGCGAAAUGGCUGGAACAAGGAGCCCGAAAUCUUGAAUUAACUGAUAAGGUAAAUUGGCCAGAAAAUGGACUUCAAAUGGCAGAGGUGUUUUUUACAAGUAAAAAUCCAGGUGAACUGGGCCUGGCAUCUUCCUGGCGUUGGAUUCCCUUGAAGUGUGGUGAUUGUGAAGAGGUGCAUCGGUUAAAGAAGCUGGUGAAUGAUUUACAAGAAUUGGUAGAUCUCUACAGAAAGUACAGCUGCAAACUAGCGCUGUGUGAUUUUGAAAAGGAGAAUGCAAGUACAAUAGUAUUCCGCAUGUUUGAUAAAGUUUUGGCACCAGAGCUCAUUCCAUCCAUUUUGGAGAAGUUUAUAAAGCCAUACAUACGGGAACAUAAUCUACAACAGGAUGAACUUCUCUUGCGGUAUAUAAAGGACUUGCUAGAACGUUGUUGUACACGAUCUACAUCCGUGUUUGAAACUGCGUGGGAGGCAAAGGCAAUAGCUGUCAUUGGCUGCAUAUCUGACACAGAUCUGAUAUUUGAUGCAGUACUGCAGAUAAUGCAUGGUGCUGUGGUGCCUUGGAGUGCCGCUGUGGAGCAGCUGGUGAAGCAGCAUUUGGAAAUGAAACAUGUCAAAGUGAAGUUAUUGCAGGAAAGUUCCAGACUGAUGGAGAUGAAGAAGCUGUUACGGGGCUAUGGAAUAAGAGAUACUAAUCUUUUAAAGGACAAACAGAUGAUAAUGAGACUCGUGAAAUACAUUCUUAAACAAGAUACCCCUACUUCUUUGGAAGAUGCUUUGAACAUUGUAGCAGCAUACAUGUUGCCAAGUGUGGAAGUCUAUAUUUUGAGGAUGGUGGACCUGAUUGAUCGAGAUAGGGGAGAGGAAUCUCUAAACUUAUUAAAAUCUCUGCCUCUUGCUGAAGCUGAGAAAGUUGCAGAGAGAUUGUCUAUAUGGGCAAGACUGGUAUUACAGAAAGAAGCAGAUAAUUCUGAAGAGCACAAAACACAAAUGUGUGUAACAAAGACACUUGUGGAGGUUCUUAAAUUCCUGCUUAGCAUUCAGAAAGAAAAUCCUCUGAAGGAAGAUGAAUGUAAAGCAAACUUAAAAAUGUUUGAAACACUUGCUAGCUUGCAGGAGGAUUUUGGUAUCUUUAUUUCAGUCAAGGAUUAUGGGAAUCAUUUGUUGAUGUCUCAGCUCCUUGAAGAGCACAUAAAAGCCUAUGAAAGUAUCCAAUCCAUGGCAAAAUCUAGAAAAAUGCAAGCAACAAAUUCCAAAGAUGACAGUAAAACAAAGAACCGUUCCACUGAAUCAAGACUUUACAGACUAGCUUUGCUUCUGCAAAGGACAGAGCAAGAGUUGGGGGCAAAGCUGGCACUGAGGUCAUUAGAUGCUGGAAAAAUUGAAGAGGCACUAAAGAUAUGCAGAGAUUUAUAUGAACAUCACUAUAAUGAACAAACAGGGAAGUUGCUGUUUUUAGCUUGCCAAAAGCUUUGUCAUAUGUUGGGAGCCGACGUUCCAAUGAUCACACCUAAAGGACUGAACUUUCCAGCAGUGAUAAAUGAGAUGGCAUGCCAAGCAGCUACAAUAUGCAGUCCAGAUCUGUUAUUAGAUUCUCUGGAGCUAUGUAAAUAUACAUUGGCUGCUAAGGAAAUUUACGGGCAAUGCCAAAUAGAAAACUAUGGAUUUAUAGCAAAGGCAGCAUCUUUUGGAGCUGAUAAGGAUCCUUAUGAAGAAUGGACUUACGAUGAUUUCUUUAGUGAAGAUGGAAUAGUUCUUGAUCCACAGAUGGCGCUCCCAGUUGCAUAUGAAACUAUUUCUUCCCUUGUGCCUGUUGCUGAUAACAAGAUGUAUCCUUUGGACUCUGUAAGCUUGGCAAACUGUCCAUUUAUUAAAGGACAGAACCUCCUGUUGCCAGUCAAAACGCCCAUCUGUGCACUGCUUCAGAACCUAAUGGAAUGCAGUCAGUGUGAGUUAGCCUUGCGACUAAUAGUCUGUCUGUUUGGAUCCUGUCUUCAGCACUGUGUAUCAAACAACAUGGAUAUGUGCCUGGGUGAGAAGUUACAUGAUGGCAAAAUGCUAGCUGAUGCCAAAAGCUUUCUUAUUGCUAUGAAACAAAAGUCCACUUCAGUGAUUGUCGCUGCUGUCCUGGCCUUAUUACACAAGGUUUUCAACUGUCGUUUGAUAGAUCAUAACCUGGCAUUGGGUUACUGCACAAUUUUGCCCAAGGAAGAUAUGUUUGAAAAUCUCUGGAAUGUCAUAAACAACACAAGACACAAUUACAACAAAAUUCUGGCAGUAGCUCUGGUUGGAGCGCAGCUUGCUAGUCACUAUGGUGAAGCAGGAGAGAGACAAAAAUUUGAGGAAUUAAUUACUGAUGCAGAGUGGGGUAUCCAGUUUGGUAAACUUGGUAUUUCUUUCCAGACUGUAUUUAGGCAGCCAUCAGUAAGAAAGAAAGAACUCAUAAGAACCCUGGUACAGAAUCCGAAUGUAGACACAGACCUUAUAUUGAAAUACUGCAGAACUUUCAUGUUGGACAGUGAUGCAGCACUGCAGCUUUGCAUUGAAACACUCCUUCUCCAGAGUGCUAAUGCAAAUCAGGUUGAAGGAGACUCUGCAGGGGAUACUGUGAAGCAGCCUCAUUCCACACUACUGGCCAAAUCAGUAAAAAUAAUUCCUUUACUGAAAAGCACAAAAGACCUGGUCAUUAGCCUCAGUGGAAUACUGCACAAGCUUGAUCCAUAUGACUAUGAAACUAUAGAAAAUGUCCUGAGAGUGAUACAAAGAGCUGAUGAAAAUAGCACAAGUAUCCAGCUUAACCAGGCUUUGAGCUUAUUGAAACACCUGGAAUCCUAUAAAAGAACUUCCCCUCCUGUGGAUCUGGAACACCAAUAUACUUUAGAGCAUGUGAUUUCCCUGUCUCCAGCUGCUCAAACCAGGCUUCCUUUUCAUUUGAUAUUCUUUAGAACCACGCAGUGUUUCUGGAGUAUUAUAUCUGCAGAGCUUACUGAGGAGUCCUUCCCAACUCUUCUUUUGAUUUCCAAACUAAUGAAGGUUUCACUGGAUACCCUAUAUAUGUCAGCAGCCAGGCAUGUCUUUGAAAAAAAAUUGAAGCCAAAAGUAUUUGAACUGACAAAAGCUGGAUGUUCAUCAGUGAUUAACAAGGAAACUACUAAAACAGUGCAAACCAUUCAAUCCUACCUGCUAUCCAUAGUUAAUCCAGAAUGGGCUGUAGCUAUUGCUCACAAGAUUGCACAAGAACUUCCAACAGGGCCUGACCAGAUUCAGGCAUUGAAAUUCUGUCUCUAUUUAGCUGAGAAAUGGCUAACGAAUACUACAACUAAGGAUGAAUCGCAUGAAAAAGCUGAAAUACUGCUGAAGAAGUUACGUAUGCAGUACAAGAGAUCAGCCACAGAAACUGUGCUAAUAACCCACAAAUUAAGCACUGCAGAGCAUCUGAAACUUACUGGAAAGCCAGCAAAUCUUAUUGCUUUACUCUAUGAGCACAGCAGCAUAAACCAAAGGAUUCAAAAUCCAACCAGCCGAGAUUAUCCAGAUAUUCAUGCAGCAGCUAAGGAAAUAGCUGAAAUUAACAACUUGGAUAUGAACAAAAUCUGGGAUAAAUUGCUUGAAAAAUGGCUGUGUCCAAAUAUACCAACAGAUGAAAAAACUCAAAGUUUUGGGGAUGUACAGGAAGAUGAAGAACUCAGGAGAGUUAUAUAUCUACUUCAAUCACGCCCAAUGGAUUACAGCUCAAGAAUGCUUUUUGCAAUUACAACAUCUGCCACAUCUCCUAUUGGUGUGAACCAGUUGACAUUUGCCCAGAGAAGCAGAGCUCUUAAGUGUCUGAUCUACUUAGCAGAUGCAGAUACGGUUGAAUCACUGUUUAAGAAACCCAUUGAGAAAGUAAAAUAUUUUCUACAAUGCUUCAUUUAUCUGGCAGAGUUUGAAACAUUGAACAUUCCAUACACCUAUGAAUCCUUUCACAGGAGUCCUAAAGAAGGAAUGAUUAAGGGACUGUGGAAAAACCAUAGCCACGAACCCACGGCUGCCAGACUGGUGACUGAACUUAGUUUAGAAUAUAAAGUGUAUGAUCCUCAACUCUGGAGUGGCUUACUGCAGAAACUACUUGGUUUCGAUAUGAUUCAUUAUCUCAGGAAAGUUUUGAUAGCAAUUACUGGGGUUCCUUCAUUAUGGCAGAUUCCUAACUUUAGCCGAGCUUGGAGAAGUGUAAUUCUGGCACCAUUUCUUGCAGCUUCUUGUCCACCAAGUCCUAAGCAGUUAGAGGCAUGCUGUGAAUGUUUUGUGGUUCUACUGAAGUGUCCUGUUCUAGCUGAUCUAGAUAUACUUGGAAUUGCAAGGCAAUAUGCACAGCUGGACCUUACAGCUUUUGCUCUGGGAUGCUUGCUGCUGAUUCCCCAGACUGCGAAGAGAGAGCAACAGAUUCAGGGUUUCCUAUCUUCAUGUAACCCAGAGACUGUCCUACAGCAAGUAGAUGAACACAUGAACACUGGUGAGGUAGCAAGCUUUGCAUCACAGAUUAGAUGUUUAAUUCUGGACAACAUCAUAAACGAGAAACAGUAUGAAAGAUUUUUGAAAACAAAAUACUUCUUAUUAUUGAAGCUACAAGUGAUGAACACUCACAGAGUGAAAGAACUAGUGGAUUACCUUGCCACCAAGAGCUGCAUGGAUGAUGCAGCAGCCCUAAUUAUAGAAUAUCAAAAACGAUGUGGAAAUCCUAUUCUGGCAGAUAGGUCAUCUUGUGAUAUUUUGAAGGUAAAAGGCUCUAGUUAUCAGACUUAUAGGUUUCAGUAUUUUCUCUUUAAACUAAGACAUUCAUUCAGACUAAAGAACAAGAUGCUCUUGGACCAGUUAAAGACUCUAUAUUCGUUAUUUUUCUAAGUUUCAAAUAUGCAAAUAAUCUAUGCAAUAUUUCUUACAUAAAAAGUGAAUGUUAUCCCUAUUUCAAUGCUCCUUUCCCAUUUUCCUAUAAAAACUUAUCCUUUUGUAAUACUUCUAUUCCUAUAAAAAGUUACUAAACUCUUGUGUGUUGCUCUUUUCUUCCCCUCCAGAUGUUUCUGAGUGGACCAGAGUAGACUUCUGUAUUCCCUUACUGGAAACAGCUACCCAGAGGAGCAAGUAACUUGAUCUAUAUCCCUUCUCUUUCAGGGGCAAGAUUGUUUCAAACUGCAUUGGUCACAUGCAUGGUGUUUAAAGGGGAACUAAGCUGAAACCUCUUAAGUACCCUUUCAACAAAAGUUACCAUUUAGACUUUUUUUUAUUGCUCCUAGCUAACAGACGUUCACAUUAGUUUAAGUGUGCUGUCCCAUGUGAAAGAGUUAAAGGCUUCACUUACAUUUGUAUGACCUCUUCCUUCUCUUCCGCUUCCCCCACAUUUGUAUGACCUCUUCCUUCUCUUCCGCUUUCCCCUCCCAUACAACUUGGUUUAAUCUCAGCACUUCAAUACUGGAAAUAAUUAAGUAGGAAUUUUAAACUUCACUUGCUUUCAAGAGUUACAUGAAGUCAUUGCUGAGGCUUUCUAAUUCUCCUCAAUGUCAGGUUUUUUUGCUUUGUUUUUUAAACAACCUUUCUUAUUUGCAAAUCCUGUUAAGAUAAAAUUCACUUUGUAUAGCUAUAUGAUAAGGGUUUCUAAACAAGACUGUAAAUGUUAGUGUAUCUUAUGUAAAAUAUUUUGUAGAGUUGGUUUUCAUUCAAAGAUGGGCACAAAUAAAACAGAUAAAGCUCAAAUUCUGAACUUAACUUAGAAAAUACUAAUGUUUGUAAUGUAAACUAGCUGAGACAUUCUCCCCUGAGUUUCUAUACAUGCUACUUGAAUAGGGUAAGCUGAUACUCAUUUCAGUGAAAUUAAUAUUUUAGAUAACUUCUCUAAAACCAACAGGGUAUUUAAAUAAACAAUUUAACUGCCAUUAAGUUUUAUUGUGACACUAUUCUUUCUUUGAGACAAAGUAUGGAUGAAUUCCUCCAAAGAAAACUGAAUACCUUACUAAAACUGAGUGGAAACAUGCCACUAAACUGAGUAUGCUUAAAAUAGAUGCAAAAUAGAUAUAAGGGCCCAGGUUGGUUGUAUCUUUAAGACCCAUGUAUAUAUUCUAGUAAUCAUACUAACAAAAGUUAUAACCAGAUGGCCAUUUGAUUAGUCUAGCAAUAGUUGUUUUUCAGCUGUCAGCUAAUGCAGACUGAACAACACAGUAAAACAGAUAAGGGACUGAGUUGAGUAAGUGUUACUCAAGCUGAGUGAGAAGGAAACUAGAAAAAGCUUUGGGUUUGCAUCAUACUAAGUUGUCUAACAAAUUAAUUGAGUUAUAAGAAGAUACACCUCCAAUCCUACAAUAAAUACUUACAGCACGUGAAAGGAGAAUCACGCUCUUUGGUGGCAGGCAUAAGCAACAGAACUAUCCUACUAUGUGGAGCUUGGGUUGAGCAUUUUCAACUGAGAAUAGGAAAUCCACAAGUCCUAGUCCUCCAAAACCAAUUUUUGGGGUCUAAAUAAAUGAACUAUGGUCUUAAACUUUCUAAAGAUGAAUAAGUCAAGUGAAACUAAAACUGUCUAAAUUCUUGUACACAGACGGGACCACUUCUAUAUAACUUCAGUUUAACAUUUUAUCUUGAUAUAUUUUUUCCUUUAAAUCUGGAGUAAGUAAGGCAAAGGUAAUCAGAUGGUCAUUGGUUAAACUGAUACCAGUAACUGAAGAUAGUUUGUGUAUGCUCCAAAACUGGUUGUGCAGUGCUUUAGAACUAGUUUAUGAUUUCACAGAGAAGUUGUACUCUAAGUAACAAAAUCUUAUUAUUUAGUUUUAUCCUGGUAGUUUCAGGAACAGUAUUAAAUCAUUUUACUCUUGCUCUUGGCUUAGACACUAAUCUGAGUGAGAAAUAUUAAAUGUGGUUUGAAACAAACAUGUUAUGGCUCACUUCUUAAGGUUUGUCCACACAUGCUUCAUUUUAGCUAUUCCAAAAUAAUUUUGUGCGGCCACUUACUCUGAACUCAAAAUGCCAGUUUCAAAGUGGAUUAAACUAAUUCCAAACAAUAAACUCUUAUUCCACCACAUAGGGCAUAUUUCAGAAUAGCAACUGCACUCUAAAUUCACACCCUACUUUAAUCCAAUAUAAAUUUCACAGGUUAGACAAGUCUUUUGCUGUCAAGAGGCUUCAGCUAAUUUUUUUCCAGAAAUGGAUAAAUUACUAAAUUGCAUUAAAUGUGCAGGUUCUGUAAAUGCUAUUACCAAAAGCAGAGUACUGUCACAAGUGUAUCAGUAAUUCAGUAUAUUUUAAAACAAUUUCAACAGUUCCACAUAACUUCGCCUUAAUGGUUUAUCAUUCAAAAUUAAGUUUUAUAUAAAUAAAACCUGACAUUGAAAAACAAGUUUAUUACAACAUUUAAAAGGUAGUUAUUUAACAAGACUCAUUGUACACCUAUGGCAUUUUGCACCAUAACAGGAUAUUUUACAAGCUGAACCAUACAUAGAAAACAAGAGUGUGCCAUUGUUUGGAAGCUAUGUAUUAUAAACCAGUUAUAUUGCUAUAGGCUACAAGCAGUUAGAAAGUGUUUAAUACUGCAAACAAUCAAAUAUUGCAGACAAUUUGUGGUUCUUGAAUGCUUAGUUACUUGACUAGAACAAGAGGGAAUGAGAUGGUAAAGAGCACCAGAAGAUUCAUUUUAGGGUUUUUUGUACUCAAUUCUUUCUACUUUCACAUCAUCUCCAAUUAGUUGAUACACAUAAGUAACUACUGUGGAAGCUUGGAUAUCCAUCAGCACAAAUGAAGGAAUGAUGUUGCUGGAAAGAAAAACGGAUUGUUAAUAUCAGGUAAUUAUAAAACUCCAACAUUAGGUAUUUCUCAAAGCUAGAUUCCUUAAUAUGAGUUGCUCCAAGGAAUUUGGAUUUGAAUUUUAUAAGCAUGAUCUAACAAGUUGGAAAACAAGACUAGGUAUUUCUAAAUCCAUUUGCUUAAGAUGAGUUUGUUGACGGUAUUGUAGGAAAAUCCUUGACACCAACAGCACAAUGUAUUUGCUAGAUAACGAAAUAACCCUAAAAAUUAAUUUAUGCACAGCAGCUGUUUCCUCUGAUAGUUAACAUCACUGCUGGGGAUUAUCCGUUCAACCUGACAAAGAUUAGGAAGGCUUUAGUUAUUACUUUCUAGUCUGUGUGCACAGGAAAUAGGUAGUGACAAUGAAUACACACAAAUGCUGAGCAGCUGUUUUCAGCCUUUUCUUUUCUAGACCCAAACCUUUGGUAAGUGAUACAGAAAUGCAAUAUUGACAUUUCAAAAAAUAAAUUAAUGUUAGUGUGUAUAAGGCUUGAAGAUAAACAUGUAUCUUGGUAACUGGUGUAUUAGAGAACUGUUAUUACUGUAAAAUUAGUGCUGAUGAACAAUGAUGGGUGUGAUAUAAAAACCUAGAUAAAUUGACAGCUGUCCAACUUAUUUUAACUCACUUCUCCAAGGCACUAUAAGCUCCUGUGGCUGACCCGGGGUUGAUGUAGAAUUUGUUUUCAUGCUCAAACGCCUCAAAUUUGUGUGUAUGCCCUGAAAUUAAAAUGUCCACAUCAAACUGCCUUUGUAGCAGUGCCAGGCUGGCCAUAUCUCCCCACGGUAUAACUUGAUGGCCAUGGAUCAGCCCAAUUUUGAAUUGCCCAACGGUUACAACUUUCUGUUCUGGAUAAUUCAGGUUCUAAAAAUUAAAAACAAAUAUACAACAUACAGAUUACAUAUACUGAAACAGACUCCAUCUUCAGAAGGAAUUAAAUUAUUUGCUAUGUAUUCAUAUCACACAAAAAUCUGCUGCUCCUGAGAAUGAUCUAAAGAUCUUCUUCAACUUAAGUUUUUCUUCACUGAAGAAUGUAGAAACUUCUAGCAGGAAUACCACACCCAGCCAGAAAUCAACUGCAUCAAAGCCAAAUAUGUUGACUCAAAGGUGGCACCAAGACUGAAAAGCUUACAGAAAUACUGAAAUAAUAAAAUUAUUUACAGUUUAAAAAUAAAUUUAGAAUUACAAAACCGCAUUUGACCAAGGAACUUCAACAUUUUGGCAACAGCGGCUAUUUGAUGGCAAAUAGGUUCAGCUAUUUUAUUAAAUGUUUAAUCAAAUAUAAUUAAAUAAACCAAACUACAGACUCUCCCCGGGUUACGCAAGACCCGACUUACGCAAAUUGUUCAUAAGCCAGAAAUAGGAUUUUCGAGUUGCGGAAAUUUUUGUGUAACAUACGGGUACACAUUUCCGACUCACGCAAAAUUCGAGUUACUUAAGGCUUUCCAGAACGGAACGAUUGCGUAAGUCAUGGGGCAUCUGUACAUGAAUUCAAGAGUCAGCUUUGUCCUUGUUGGGCAUGAGGUAAGAACUAGGCUUAAGUCAUUUCACUGGUUAUGACUACACAGUACUGCUUAUUUGCUUUUUACCCUGUUCUUUAUUAAGUAACUGUAACUGUCUCAAUUUUGUCCUUUUCCUUAAAUGGUGUAAAAGGUGUUAUAAACAA